CAUAAUAAAAUGAAUAAAAGCCUCGCCAAUCAAAAGCCCAAGCCGCGCUCCACAUCGAAAAUGCUAAAGAGGGAAAUCGUGGAAGAGCUCCUGGAACAGAGGAAACUGGGCGUACAACGGACCCAGCAACUCACUGAGAAUGGCAACAAAGUUCCGACACUCAAGAAGCUACGGGAACAGGAAAACGAGCUGUUUAAACAAUUGCAAGAGGAGAUGAAAAAAACUGACGGAUUGCGCCAAAGGAUUAAGGCCCAUGAAGAAGCUAUCAAUAACGCGACGAGCGAAUUGCGGAAAAAGCUGGAGACUAUAGACGCAGAGAACAGUUGCUGCAUAUGCUUGUUGAACUGGAGUGCCAGAGGCCACCACAGGCUGGUUUCGCUAAAAUGCGGUCACCUUUUCGGGAAGACAUGCAUCCGCACCUACUGGCGGCAGUCAAAUCGGUGCCCCAUCUGCAGAGUGGUCAGCUACGAAGACGACAUCCGUCAGGUGCAUCCAUACAAUUGUGACAGUACAACCGACGAGUAAUACUUCGUAUGUAGCAGCACCUUGCACGCAAGCCUUUCUUGGUCAUCAAAAAUAUUCCCAGCUUCAUCAAAGUUUUAAAAGAACGCGGAGGAAGUGAAGACUUUUCCUACGAUUUAAUAAAUUUUCAUAUUUUAUCAAAACCAUAGUUAACGACUUAUUUUUAAUCUUCCAUACUGUAUAGUUAUUUAAUGGAAUCUUGAAAGGUGAAUUAAACCAAAAUUUAAAAUUAUGGAAGGAAAU